UGUCUGCAGCCUCUCCCUGUCGCCUGGCCACAGGCUGCAGCUUUGCCCCCGGGUUGUUGCAGUUAUUAUUAUUAUUAUUAUUAUUAUUUUCCCUGUUGUUGUGGGUAAAGUUUGCGAAGUGGAGCCGGGAGUGGUUGCCGAGCCCCCGAGCCCGGCUCAGCCCGACAGCAGCUGCCCCGGGGCGGCGGACACUCGCGGCCGCUUCCCUGGCGCUGGGCGGCGGCUCCGCACCAUGGCUCGGCUCGCUGCAGAACUGCUGCUCCUGCUCGGGCUCCUCAUCCUCACCAUCCACAUCACCGUGAUCAGGAGCAUCCCCCUGGCUCAGGAGGCAGACAACAGCAGCACCCAGAAUAGUGUUAACGUGGGAAAGUCCUCAUCCACUAGUGCGGCUCGGACUGCUGAUACAGUGAGAGAUUACGAGGGGAAGGCCGAUGCUUCUCGUUAUCAGACAGAACAGAGAACGUUUCCAAAACCCCGGACUCAACAGGAGGAGGAACGUGCACCCUUCCAGAGAGACGGACCCAGGACAUUCCUCUUAGAUCUGGAGAACUUCCCUGAUCUAUCCAAAGUGGAUAUCAAUGGGCAGAACCCCAACAUACAGGUCACGAUUGAGGUGGUUGAUGGGACUGAAAUCGAGGCCGAGAGAGACCUCCGGCGGGUAACGAAGCCAAGCUGGCCUGUGCCGUCAUCCGACUGGAGGAACUGGUGGCAGAAAUCGUCGGCAAACACCGCUCGGAGCGACGGAGACCACCAGGAGAGUGGCCGGGCUGGUGAAAACAGCAAUUUCCUGAACCCAGCAGAGAGCUGGGAUAGCAGCACUGUGACUCAGCGCAGGUGGCACUCCCAAGGACCGACUGAGUAUGAUUACACAGACGGGGAGGGUGACUGGAGCCCAUGGUCACUCUGCAGCGUAACCUGCGGCGGUGGCAACCAGAAGCGUACCCGGUCCUGUGGUUACGCCUGCACCGCCACUGAAUCGAGGUCGUGCGACAUGCCAAACUGUCCCGGAAUUGAAGAUACUUUCAAGACUGCAGCCACAGAGAUGAGUCUAAUGGCUGGAGGUGAAGAUAUAAAUGCCACUGAGUUAUUUGGACUAGAUUCCGACAGCUGCGAGAGGUGGAUGAACUGCAAGAGCGAAUUCUUGAAGAAGUACAUGCACAAGGUUGUGAAUGACCUUCCGAGCUGCCCCUGCUCCUAUCCAACAGAGAUUGCCUACAGCACCACCGACAUCUUUGACCGCCCAAAACAGAAGGACUUUCGCUGGAAGGAUGCGAGCGGACCCAAGGAGCGCCUGGAGAUCUACAAACCGACAGCACGUUAUUGUAUCCGCUCCAUGCUGUCCUUGGAAAGCACAACACUGGCAGCUCAGCACUGCUGCUACGAUGAGAACAUGCAACUGAUCACCAGGGGUAAAGGUGGAGGCACUCCAAACCUCAUCAGCACUGAAUUCUCAGCAGACCUGCAUUAUAAGGUGGACAUUCUCCCGUGGAUCAUUUGCAAGGGGGAUUGGAGCCGGUACAAUGAGGUCAGACCCCCAAACAAUGGUCUGAAAUGUACAGAUAAUCCUUCUGAUGAUAUAUACGAGAGGCAGUUCCGAGAGGCCCGGGAGUAUUAAAAGCCUGGCUGGGAUUAAUAGACCGAAUGCUCAUUUUCUGGAGGAAGUGAGUUUAUUUCCGUGUGUAGUCAAACAUCCAGUUCUCUGGAUAUGUGCACCCAUGCAUUCAAAACGCCACAGAACAGAGUUCAGCCACUUGGCACCUUGUCAAUGCUUCCUUUUUGCCUGCUCCAAACGUUUCAGGACCAUUUUAUUUUUCCUUUUCCUUUCGGCAGCAGCAGGCUUGUAGUUCAAAGGGAACACUGUGCCCAUUUUGAACAGUUAAAGGGAAACAAAUUUGUUUAAUCUAAUUCCAUUGGAAGGAUUGGGGAGGGUGUGUGUGUGUGUGAUGAGUCAACCCACAGUAUUCAAAGCAUUCUGUGGAUUGGAGGCAUUUUCGACCAUAAGCAAAGGAGGUGGCACUUUUAAAGAGUUUUGUCCCUCUCCCCAUGUCUUUCAUAUGCUCUUGAGACUUCUUAAAAGCCAGUUUAUAAAGUAUUAAUUGUACUGAAUGCAAAAUGUUAUAGAGAAUCUUACUUUGUAAAGUUGUGACAUAGAUCAUUUUCUCAUUGAAACCUCUUUUAAAAAAUGUUCCUAA